AUGGCGGUCGCGCGCGCGUGGGAUGCGGAGACGCGGCGGGAGAAGCGCAUUCGCGCGCUGACGCGGCGGCAUCGAUGGAAAGCGGAGCGCCGCGCGAUGCGAGCGAUCGUGGACGCGUGGCGGUGGGAGGUGUUGACGUCAAAAUCGACGAAGAAAGAGGCAAAGGACGACGACGGGAUUCGCGGCGGCGGCGGAGUGCCGCCGGCGGCUGUCGAAGAGGCGCGCGUCUCGCUCCGCGUGUGCGUGAUCCAACCGCCGCCGCCGCCGCCGAUGCCCUCGGCGUCGAUGAGGGAGUCGCGAGAGACGCAGACGCCGACCGCGGCGCGAGCGAAGAUCUUUCAUCGCGAAGAAGAGACGACGACGGCGCCGGCGACGAGGACCUUCCUCGUGAAAAAAACGAAGAAGAAGAGACCGGCGAUUCAUUCAGCCGUCAAACGCUGGCACGGCGCCGCGUACGCGCCGCCCACGAGACCGAAACCGAAGCCGGCGUCGACGCUCGUCACGCCGCGCCGAAUCCGCCGCGAGACUGGUGAAACUGCCCUCGUCUCACCGCCGAAAACGGCGGCGUGGGACGCGUCGAUUUACAAACCCCCGGAGACGGCGACGCCGCCGCCGUGGAUGCCCCUCGGCGAUUCCCCCGCGAUGGCGAGCGUUGCCGCCGCCGCGAAGGCGGCGUUGAAGAGCGCGAGGCGACGCGAGCCGCUGCCCGCGACGCCCAGCGACGACACCUUCGCGGGGUUGGAUCUGGGGGACCCGACGGACGACGACGAGGAGCCGCCGGCGCCGAAGAGGGUCCCCGGGCGCGGCGGCGGCGCGCCCAAAGUGCGCGCCAAGUACUGGGUUUCGUCGCGCGGCGGCUCGCGCGUCGACGCGCGCGCGGCGAGACGCUCGGACGCGCACUACGAGCACUACGACGUCGCGCGUAACGCCGAAUGAAUAGCACCUAGCUACUAGUAUGAUAAGUAAAGAAUGGCCUAAUUAAUA